UACACAUGCGUAAUACCUCCAAUACGACACACGAUGCCAGCGAAAAUUUGCCUGCUUGCUCUCAUUGGUCUGCCGGGAGCGGGCAAGUCUGCACUCAGUAACUGGGUCCUAACUAACAAGCAGGGUUCUCUGAAUACAUGUCAAAUUGUUUACCUGUGCUACGACGACUACAUCAACACGCGAGCUGAAGUGACAUAUAGGGAGCAGCGGAUGGUUAUUUUGAACAUUUUAGAACAGCUAAUACUUUACAUCCAAGGUGCCGCAGAUUGCCCACCACAAGUUCGCCGACCGACCAAUAAUAACAGCAACUGUGACUACCUUAUCUUGUGUGACGACAACUUUUAUUACAGCAGCAUGCGCUAUAAGCUAUAUCAGCUGUGCCGUACCUAUGGCUGCAUCUAUUCCCAGAUUUACAUUGCGACCCCAUUGGCUUGCUGCCUUCACGCGAAUUCAUCGAGGGGAGCAGACUGCGUGCCCGAACUAGUUGUCCGUAAAAUGAACGACCGCCUUGAGCCACCCGGCCAUGACGCUUGGGAGUGCAAUAGCCUCACACUUCCAACUUUUGAUACUGAAUCUGUGUCACAUUUGAUUUGUCCGUUCAUCAUAAAAUUAUUCCAUUUCCCAACGCUGCUGCCUCCUCUCACCCGUUCUCCCACGCAAACACAGAUAAAGUCCCCAGCACAUUGCCUGGAUUUGGCACUGCGGGCAAGCAUAAACGUGCAGCUACAGACUCUGUUCGAGACAAAUGCUAAGAAAUUGCUCAGUAUGGAAUUAAAUAAGAAACGAAAAGAAAUUUUAAUACAAUUUCGGGCUAAAACGAACGGCAAGCAGACAGAUGCUGAUGGUUUGAAUUUGAAUUACUAUGUAAAUCUGUUGAAAUAAACUGAUUCUGGUUGUAUGGCACACAUUGACAUAGAAAUACAUGGUUAAUUGGAUUGGACUCGACGCUAUACAAAUAGUUUAAAAAACAAUUUAUGUAUGUGCAUGCUAUUAAAACUAUUUAUUUAGGCAACAAAUAAAUGUACAUCUACAUAGGGUUUCCUAUGCAUUGACGACUUAAACUAC